AUGGUUGUUAUAACAAAUAAAACCAAUGAAAAUUAUCAAACAGCAAGAAUUAUUCAAUGGCUUGGUGGUGAACGAGCAGGUAAAUUUAAUAAAAUCUU